UAUUUUGUAUUUCAAUCAAAAAAAUAAAUAUAGUGAAUACUGAAAAUCAUGUCUUCUAAUGACAUCAAAGCAUAUUUUGAAGUGAAAAAUUCACGUGAUUUCACGGGUAAAGUAGUGUUGGUCACCGGUUCGAGCUCUGGUAUAGGCGAGGGUAUUGUCAAACUGUUUGCUAUAUUGGGGGCCAAUGUUGUGGUCACCGGUCGUAAUGAGACAGAGAUUCAAAGAGUGGCCAAAGAAGUGCUGGAAUUGUCACCAAAAAAAUUAAAGGUGAUCCACUCGGCUGUCCCACACCUGGAGGCGUCCAAAGGGGUCAUUAUUAACAUCUCGAGCGGUGCCGGCGUUAUGGCUUCUAGAGGCAAAUUGGGAUAUCAUUGUGCAAAAGCUGGUUUAAACAUGCUAACCCGAGUAUUGGCCUUACAGUUGGCUCCCAAAGGGGUCAGAGUUAAUACUGUUAGUCCGGGUAUAACUAAAGUGCCUGCAAUGCCUGCCGGACGCGAACAGGUAUACGAGCCAUAUAUACCGCUCCGGUCUGUCGGUUAUCCACUGGACAUCGCGAAAGCCGUAGUGUUUAUGGCGUCGACUGACUCUCAAUAUAUAACCGGAGAUCUAAUGGCAGUCGACGGAGGAUUUCUCCUUAACGUUCCCAACAAACCUUAUGAUUAA